GACUGCGGACACAGUACAGGGAAUGACCAGAGACUGCGGACAUAGUACAGGAGAUGACCAGAGACUGUGGACAGUACAAGGGAUGACCAGAGACUGCGGACACAGUACAGGAGAUGACCAGAGACUGCGGCCACAGUACAGGAGAUCACCAGAGACUGCGGACACAGUACAGGGGAUGACCAGAGACUGCGGACACAGUACAGGGGAUGACCAGAGACUGCGGACACAGUACAGGGGAUGACCAGAGACUGCGGACACAGUACAGGGGAUGACCAGAGACUGUGGACACAGUACAGGGGAUGACCAGAGAUUGCGGACACAGUACAGGGGAUGACCAGAG